GUUCCGUGCUCUGAUUAAAUCUUUUGUAGUUUUGUGAUACAAGCACGUCUUCUCCCUGAUCUGAAAUUGAUUAGAAUAAUACAGGCUGGAAUUUCCUUAUUUUUUUACCGUAUGUCGUAACCAAGAGGAUGAAUCAUUGAAUAAUCAGCCAAGACUCGGAAUCUUUUUUAGGGUUCUUCCCUGCCAUAUUUCUGAUAUAUUGGAUGUAGUCUAUUUUUCUCUUUAAAUGGAGAAUUUGCAUUGGUUUGAAUGAUAUUAGAUUUAUUGGUUUGACGUCAUUUUUCUGUUCUUCCUAGUGAAAAAUGUUUGGCUGGGAAGCAAUGGUCCACAAAACUACUUAGUCAGAAGGUUCUAAUGAUGUGACCAAGGACGGAAUCAAACUGAUACAGAUAACAAUGUUCUGAUGAAUGAACACUUCAUCUCCUUAGGAUUGUAUCUUCAUGCAGUAACUGAAACAAAGCUUGUAGUAGAUACUUCCAGAGGUGAAACUCUACGGAUCAAUUUUGAUGUCACAUUUCCUGCCCUUCCAUGCUCUAUACUCAGUCUUGAUGCCAUGGACAUAAGUGGAGAGCAACACCUUGAUGUGAAACAUGACAUAAUCAAGAAAAGAUUAGAUGCUCAUGGAAAUGUUAUAGAAUCAAGGCAAGAUGGCAUUGGUGCUCCUAAGAUUGAAAAGCCAUUACAGAGACAUGGUGGUAGGCUCGAGCACAAUGAGACAUAUUGUGGCUCCUGUUACGGUGGAGAAACGUCAGAUGAAGCAUGUUGUAAUUCCUGUGAAGAUGUUCGUGAAGCAUAUCGAAAGAAAGGUUGGGGAAUGUCAAACCCUGAUCUGAUUGAUCAGUGCAAAAGAGAAGGGUUUCUACAAAAGAUUAAAGAUGAAGAAGGUGAAGGAUGUAACAUAAAUGGAUUCUUGGAAGUCAAUAAGGUGGCUGGAAAUUUUCAUUUUGCACCUGGAAAAAGCUUCUAUCAAUCUGGUGUUCAUGUACACGAUCUGCUAGCGUUUCAAAAGGAUAGCUUCAAUAUAAGUCACAAGAUCAAUAGAUUGACUUUUGGAGACUAUUUCCCUGGUGUUGUGAAUCCUCUGGACGGUGUGCUAUGGACACACCAAACACCAAGUGGCAUGUAUCAGUAUUUCAUCAAGGUUGUACCUACAGUGUACACGGAUGUGAGCGGGCACACUAUCCAGUCAAAUCAGUUUUCAGUAACUGAACAUUUUAUGAGUGCUGAACAAGCCCACUUUCAAGCUCUUCCAGGAGUAUUUUUCUUUUAUGAUCUCUCUCCAAUUAAGGUCACUUUCACGGAGGAGCAUAUUUCAUUUUUACACUUCCUAACUAAUGUGUGCGCCAUCAUUGGAGGAGUUUUCACUGUUUCAGGAAUCUUGGAUUCAUUUAUAUAUCAUGGUCAUAGGGCGAUCAAGAAGAAGAUGGAAAUUGGCAAAUUUAGUUGAUGAUCGAUUUGAUUAGCAAUUGCUGCAGUUGUAUUUGGUUGCUUGGCCACCAAUGGCUUUAUGGAGAGGGAUUAAAUUAAGAGAAGAGGAACUAUGCAAUGGACUCUCUCCAAAUUGUUGAAUGGGCCCCCCUCCCUUGUGAUCACAAUUCACAGCUGAAGAGUUCUCAUAUAUGUGUUUGGUCACAGAAGGUUGAAUUCUUUAGUGACAGCUCCUUUUUGCCCAUUUUUACCUGUUUGUAACUUCUCUGUUAGGUGCUGUUUGGAUAGUGAGAGUUUCUUAAAUACCUCAUGAAUAGUUAUGACAUGUUGAGGAUAAAUCAAGUUUUUUAAAGUAUAAUUGUGAAUUAUUCUCCUGGUGGAAAUGGGAGCGGACAAGUGAGUUGUAGUUCAAUUACCCUCUGAAUUUGAAACAUGGUCAUUAUGUUUGGGAUUUUUUCCCCUUUCUUUCUUGGGUAAUAAACCCAGACAAUUAAAAUACAUUGCAGAUAUUUGAUUUUGAAUU